GUGAUAGAUGGCGCGCAAGUAAGAAGUACUGCAUCUGUGGCCUCCGAAAUAAUUGACCCAAAAAUUGAGUUUACAAAUAGGUUUAAUCGAAAAGUUGCGGUGCAUCUUAAAGUUUUUACAAUAUCCCUCAAAAAUUGUGAAGAAAUAAGUGCCUGAAACUACUGAAACAGUGAAAAUCUUCAUUAUUCCUGAGAACUGUCAAUAGCAACUAGUUCGUCGCCAUUAUGGGGUUAUCGACAACCGAUAUGCGCGAAAUCAAGUCAACAAUCAUCAAUACCUUCAACGAAAAAUUUUUACAAGAAAUAGUGGGUAAAGUCGUACAACUGGCAGAAAAACAGUUUGAAGAAAGAUUUAACAGGAACGAGGAGGAAAUACAGACUCUUUGUGACAGGGUCGAGAAUUUAGAAAAGGAUAAUAGACGUCUUAUCAUGAAAAUGGACGAUCAAGAGCAAAUGGAGAGAUCCCAAAAUGUCAGAAUAUUUGGGCUGAAGGAAGAGGGAGCGGAAGAUUUGGGUAAUGUUAUAGUGGAUCUGUUUCAAAACAAACUGAAAGUAAACAUACAAGAAAAAGAUAUAGUCAAAUACCAUCGCAUACCAAACAAAAACUCAAAUAACAGUACGUCGGCCGUGCUGGUACGGUUCACCUCCAGCGAUUCACGGGCAUCGGUUUUGAAAAAUCGAAAACUGUUGAAAAACACCGGGAUUCGUAUAAAAGAAGAUCUGACUAAAUCGCGACUGAAGUUAUUUAAAAGAUGUAUUGAUUUGUUUACGAAAAACAAUGCGUGGAUUCUAAGAGGAAAUAUUUACGUAAAACAAAACAAUGAAGUUCAUCGAAUCGCCAGUGAUGAGGACCUACACAAAAUUAAUGUUUAAGAUGUUUUUUUUUGUAAGGUUUUCAAUAAACAAUGCAGUGAAGUGAGGUAUGUGGGAGGACGGGUGCUGCAGCAUUCUAACAUGAAGAGCGAAACAGUGACCAUAAAGGAAAAGAGCAAGCGGAACUGAUUGCGAUAUAGAAUCGUGAGAUAAGCAGACGCGUUUCCCUCAUGGCAUUAUUUCCGUUAUCGGAAACACAAACAGGGCAGAGUUGAAGCUCGAGGUCGAAGCUAGGUAGCUGCUCAGCAUGGAAAUGUCACUGAUUUAUGUUCAGCUAUGCUUUGGACGUGUAUAGCUCCGGAGGAUUUUCAUAGUCCAGGAAUAUGAAGAGGGUUGAGUUGAAACUUGACGUUGAAGCUAUGCUCAGCAUAGAAACGCCGCUGAUUUAUGUUUAGCUAUGCAUGGACGGUUAUAGAUUCAGAGGAUUUACAUAGUCCAGGGAUUUUAGAAAUAUACAUGGCGAUUAAGAAGGAGGGGACUUGCUACGGUGCCCCAAGGUA